AAAAAAGGCGUCCUUGGAAUCGGAGCAACAACAUAUUUUGUGAAGUGCAAUUAUUUUUAAAGAAAAAUGUCUCUCUGUGUUUUUGAUUUGAACAUUGAAAGAGUGUCAGCACCAGGGGUGUGGUUGGCAAGCAGCAGGGAUGUUUAUCUGGCUAUAAAAGCUUUCGGAGAGUACAGAACUACACGCAGAGUCCCGCCAACAUUCCCGCUGAUUUUCCACGAAUCUUUUAGAUUUGAAAAGACAUUCUUCUCAGCAAUAGACUCCCUAGACGUAGCAAGGUUCCUUGAAGGUGAAGUGGUAGAAAUUGAGCUUCUGCAAUAUGAUGUCUAUUACGAUACUGUUGUCAAACUUGCAUCCUUCUCAGCCAAUGCUCGAGAAUUUCUGUUCCCAUAUCCGAGCUUGAGUCCUGCCUACUCUACUGCAUCCAAGGAAGUAAUUCUCUUCAGAUCUGCUCUAUUUCCAGGAAUGUCACCAAGGCUGGAAUUUUCUGUACAGACAAAUAUAACCAGGGAUGUACCAACAGUCACAAGGACUGUUUGUUACACUGAUAGAGUUCCUGUGUACUCCUCAUACCUUGAUGAAGAUGCUGAAGUUGCAGAGCUAACUUCUGAAACAAGAAGGACCUACAUUUCCACACCACGUAUACGGCCACGUUCAGCUGAACCAUUGUACUCAUACCGUGCAAGGUCACCUGCCCCUGUUCUGUCGACUGCAGACAGGCUUGAGAUUGAAAUUGCUGCAGAACGAGCCACAGCCAGAGCUAAAGCUGAUGCUCUACUCUCUCUCAGUAGAAGCUCUUCUCCUAUCCGGUCCUACACACCAACCAGGUCAUACACACCAACCAGGUCCUUUACACCAACCAGGUCCUAUACACCGACCAGGUCCUUUACACCAACCAGGUCCUAUACACCGACCAGGUCCUUUACACCAACCAGGUCCUACAGAGCAAGGAGGACCUACUCACCAGUGUUCCGUCGUUCUAUUGAUGAUACGUAUCUGGACAGUAAACUCUCCUAUUCUCCAAGAUAUCGUUAUUAUUAAAAGGGUGGGUACCAAUAAAUGUUGGCCAGUGCAUGACCUAGAGGAUUGCUGAACUGAAGAGGAAAUCCUGCAAAAAUAAUAGCAAAAGCAGUCAUUGACAUUUUAGAAAUAACUCUGAAGACAAAAAUUUAUUAAAAUAGUUGUAGAUUUAAUAAAAACAUAAUGUUCUUUCUUGUCUGUUAGUGAUAGGGUAAUUCUUUUCAUAGAGAUUAUAUAUUUUGAAAUUAAAUGUAAUUGUUUAUGAUCUAUGUUAAAGGUAUAUUUAUUGUUUAAUAUUUUUUACAUUUUGUAUUUUUAUUAUUAUUGUAUAGAUUCACUUAUUGGAUCUCAACUUUAAUUAACAAUCUAUGAUUAUUUCAAAUUGACUUCUUGUGCAUGUCCUCGUGAUAUUUUCUUAAUUGUUUUUUAUCAUAUAUUUUACAGUUUUGUUUAAAAUUCCAUGUUAUACAAUACAAACACAGAAUACAUCCAGUUGUUUGUCUCUAAGUGAAGAAACGGGUAUACAACAUUUAAACUACGUAAGAUUAUAUUUGAAGGUAAAUUUUGAGGACUGAAUGUGAAAGAAGCCUAUAUAAAGUGCAUAUAAAUACAGAAGUACUAAAGACUUCUUUCCUAUUCACCCUUCAAAUUGUUUUAAUGUACAGGGACAAUCCACUAAGUGCCAUAGCUUAAUCUUUUACUGAAGCCUGUGAUAGCACUGAAUUUAUUCACUCCAUGCACCCAAAAAGACCACGACACUGUAUGACUUGCACAUCCCAAUGAUAACAUAUAUACAAAUACCAGAUAACAUUUAAUGUAUUGUCCAAUAUUUAUAAUUAUGAAAAAUGCACUUGAUGCUAUGAUUGAGCCAUCUUCGUUUUGCAAACGUAAUCAGUAUGGUGACAUGACACUUUAUCAUACCUUGUUCUCUUGAGAUGACUUGCAUGUUGUAUCAUGUUGAAGAGACAGAGGUUUGGCAAUAUAUUCUAAAUACCGGUAUUUUGGACAAAUUGUUAACACAGUUGUAGCUUAACCAGUUACAUGUCUGUCACUUGUAAAGACUUUUAUCUUUAUUUAUACCUUGCAACAUUAUUUAUUACUGGCAUUAAUUUGUGUAGGUCUGUGACACUGAAUUAUUUACAAGAAAUAUAUUUGGACAUAAUGCUUGUUAUUGUAAAAAGAAACUGUAAAACAAUAAAAUGUGAUUAGUUUUGUGAAUUUUAUUUGUUUUGUGAUAUUUUAUUUUUUUGUAAUAAACUCUGGAUCUCGGCAUUUAAUUUCACAUAACUGUGAAGAUAUUGAACUAUUUUGCAAAAUAUUGUACUCAUUACUGAUAAUAAGGCAAUUACUCAAACCUGUGAUAUUAUAUUUUGUUUAUAUUGAAACACGGAUUUGUUCCAUUUAAGUAAUAACUAUGCCUGUUUAUAAGUUUUAUUUCUUUUUGAAGAAAAUCACUCAGCCAAAACCAGCAGAAUCUGUGAUAAAUGAAAGAAAAACUAAGCAAACUUAGAAUUAUAAAGAAUUUGUCUAGGUCAAUCAUCCUUUGACAAUGUUAAAUAUAUAUAUAUAUAUAUGAAUUUGGGUUUAUGGGAACAAAUCCUUGCUUCUGUUUUUUGUUUAAUAUACAUACUUUUCUUUACUUUAUAUUAACUUCUAGAUGUUUAUAUUUUUUGUACCAAGUUUUAUAUAUUACUGUCACUCAUAUUUAUAUUGUACAAAUAUCACAACUUGCAUUUUACUCAGUGAUUUUACAAGAUUUUUUUAGUUUAGUUUACAAGAUUGAUUGGAUUAGCAGAGAUAUAUUUUAUGACAACUUUUAGAAUUUUCUAUAGCAACUAGGAUUUCAUUUCGGAAGUUUUACAGUCAAUUACCAUCUAUUAUCAAAACAAAAAAAAACUUUACAAAAUAUAUAUCAUUAAAAUAUGGAUUAAAGUUCAAGCAGAAACAACUCCUCACUCAACACCAAACGAGCGAUAUACCGCCCGCUUAGCUCAAUGGGGAGAGCAUAGAUCUACGGGUCGCGGGGUUGUGAGUUUGAUACCCUGUUGGGGCGUAUUUUGUCCAUAUUGAUUUGAU